AUGAGCUGCAGCCAUUACACGGACUUUCACUGGCACAACCAGGCAGCCUAUCAGGUGUUUCGUCUGAGUGAUGUGUAUGUGAACGACGAUGGCAAUGUCUUCAAUGCGACCACUCUCUUUAACAAGGGUGACUGCAACGGGCACCUCAAUUUCUCCUUCAAGGCAGGACACACACAAGUGCACCACGUCGACAAAGCUUUCUCCCUCGUCUACCGCCAGGCGGACGCGUUCUAUCACGGCUUCAUAGAGUGGCAACCCGCCUUCUAUAUUCUCCACAGGGUGCUUGCCGCUCAUCCCAACAUCCCGCUCCUGGCUCGACCCUCCCAGUGGCGUUUCUAUCAUCACACAAUGCAACAUUUAGUCGGAGUCAGCACUCGGUCUUUCCGUCGGCUAGCCAUUCCCGAGGGAGCCAUUUUCCACGUGAAGGAGCUUUACCUGCCGCUCUACCAGGCCUGUGGGAAUCCCUCGCCCGCUAUCUGGCACACCCUUCGUUAUAAUCACAUCCUCCUGCCAGAAGGGCUGCCGUACUUUAAUGAGGACAGGUGGCAGCUCAGGAAUGUGCCACGUGGCGAUGGUCAGGGGAAUUUUUCGGGCAGUUUGGAUGGUGGGUUGGGUAAUGCAAGUGUGGGUUAUCAAGACCGGGAACAUUUGUCAAAGGUUUUUCCAAUGCCAAAAGAUUGGAUUGUGGUGGUGGUGCAGCGGCUCGGGGCCAAGGGCAGGACGAUGAAGCAGUUCGGGCAGCUGCUGGGGGCAGUUCAGAAGCUUUUUGGGAUGGGCAGGGUACACGUCUUCAAUGGCACACAAAGUGUUAAUGAAACUCGGGAUUUGUUCAGCAAUGCUCGUCUUCUGGUUGCAGGGCACGGGGCAGGGAUGUCCCAUAUGAUAUUUAUGCCACCCAACGGUACAGUGCUGGAGAUUCGUCCCGAUGAUUAUGAUAACGCGUGCUUUCAUCAUCUUUCGCACGCGUGCGAUCUGAAUUAUUAUCUUGUUUUCGGCAAGGGUGCUAGGCUCAAGCCCUUGACGUUUGAUAAGCAGAAGGUCAUCAAGGUUUUGAGACAAAUAAAAGAGGAUUUUGGUAAUCCUCGCGAUUGGUAA